CGAUUGGAGACACCGGCCGGCACCGACGGCCGUCGCGACGCUCCGCGGCGCGUGUGUGCGUUGGUUCGUGCGUUCGUAUCGUUCGCGUAGAGAUACGGAAGUAAAAAGGAAUAAUAAUAGGAGAGAUAUCCGUCUGCGACAAGAGAGAAAGAGAGAAACAGCCGCGUCGUGCGACAGAGUGUCAUCAGGGUUUGCGUGAUCGGUUGUCGCGUUGUGAAGAGUGUCUCGGGCCGGUGCAUCUCGAAUCUAGUCUGGUGCUAGUAGUAAUCGAGAGUAAUUAGUGAUACACGACUGAUUGAGAUAGAGUGUCUCGCGUGUGCCGCGUGGUGAUCGACAGGAUUCCGCUGGAGCAUGCGACAGUAAGGACUUAUUAUCGAGCCCAGCGAUACGUGCAUGUUCAUCGCCGGACGAUGGCUGGACUACGCUACGUUUACCGGCUCUUCGUCAUCCUGGAAUACCUGUCGGUCGUUCUGGUGCUCGCCCAGAACCCCGUGGAGGAGAAGACCACCUUCGAGGCCGCUUUCCAAGGAAGAUGCGGGCACGGAUCGCCGUGCGAGCAGCUCUGCUAUGAGCUUCACGACGGCAUGUACGAGUGCGACUGUAAGGACGGCUAUAUACUUCAUAAAAAUGGAUACAGUUGCGCCGAGCUCAACUCGACAUCGCCAUCAACGAGCGAACUUGGUGAGCUCGUCGACGAGGGCGAGAGCGAUGAGACGAACGCGGACAAUGCAGAUGAUGAGGAUGCGGUCGAGGACAUCCUUUAUAUGCGCGGUGCAACCUUUACGAUACAUCUGGAUGCUCUAGCCGAGAAUUCUACCGCGGACGCGACGAAGAUAAACGAGGGAAACGGCGCGGAUCGGAUCGAGCUGCGCGCCACGUCUCAGGGUCCAAAUCUGGAGCAAAAACUGCCAUCCACGAUGGAGAGCAUCGCGAGUACCGAGCCAGCGUGUUCCUUGGACUGCGGGCCAGCUGGAAAUUGUUAUAUCGAACAAUCCCGCGGAGAUGAAGUUGACAUUGUAAUCGAGGAUGACGAUGACGGAAUCGUGGAUCUCGAGGGCAAUACCGUGAAUCUUAGACGAAAGCAAAGAACGUUCAGACAGAGAUGCCAGUGUCCUCUCGGAAGGGGCGGUGAUCGUUGUCAGCUCGAGGCUGAAGUGAGAUCGCCGCGUUUCACUGGAUCAGGCUGGCUGGCUUUUCCCGCCUUAAGAGCCGCUUACAAACACGUGCAAUUGGAGCUGGAAUUUCGGCCCGAAGCGUGGGAUGGGGUACUCCUAUUGGCGGGAGAACGGGACGAUCUUCAAGGCGAUUUUAUGGCUUUGAUACUUCAUCACGGCUUUAUCGAAUUCAGGUUCGACUGCGGCAGCGGUGUGGGUACGGUCAGGAGCACGGAAACGGUGAAGCUGAAUGAGUGGAACACUCUGAGUGUCUACAGACAUCGAUGGGACGCCUGGAUCCAACUGAAUCAGGAGAAGAGGGUGGAGGGACGAUCGAAGGGAUUGUUUUCGAGAAUUACGUUCCGCGAGCCGCUCUUCGUUGGCGGACCCGGAAACACGACCGGUUUGGAGCGACUUCCGGUGAGGACCGGAUUUAAGGGCUGUAUCCGGCAUUUGGAGGCGAACGAGCACCACUAUCGCUUCCCGUUGGCCCCGCAGGGCGAUGCCGCAAACGGAUUCGACGUUGGUAAGUAUAGUAUCACAGGCGCAGCAUCCGGUUUCGGCGUAUCAAAGUUUCCUAGAUAUUGCAUAAUUUCGGCAACGAUUGGAUUGUUUUCGAGAAUUACGUUCCGCGAGCCGCUCUUCGUUGGCGGACCCGGAAACACGACCGGUUUGGAGCGACUUCCGGUGAGGACCGGAUUUAAGGGCUGUAUCCGGCAUUUGGAGGCGAACGAGCACCACUAUCGCUUCCCGUUGGCCCCGCAGGGCGAUGCCGCAAACGGAUUCGACGUUGAAGGGUUAAAAGACACACGAGGCACGAUAAAAUGCAACGUGUUUGUCGAUCAAUGGCGAAUUAAAAGCAGACGGGAAAAACGAGAAUGCAUUUGCCUGGUAACGACAUUUCCAUGCAAUCUCAGACCGCAUGGUAUUUUAUUCCCGCAGGUUCCAUCCUUCAACGGAUCCUCUUACCUACGUUAUCCGGGAUUGGCGGACACGUCGCUGUCAUGGCUGGAAUUGUCCGUCACGUUAAAACCGACAGCCCCGGACGGUGUGAUACUCUACAACGGCCAUCACAGCGACGCUACCGGUGACUUUAUUGCGCUCUAUCUCUCCUCGGGCCACGUGCAGUUCACUUUCGACCUCGGAACAGGACCUGCCACUCUGAGGAGCGAGAAUCCGGUUCGUCUCGGCGAAUGGGUCGAAGUUCGAGUCUCUAGGACAGGUCGUUUGGCAUCCCUGGAAGUUGAGGAAGACCCGGCCCAGGAAAUCCUGGCGCCCGGGGCGUUCACGCAAUUAUCCUUACCGUUGAACCUCUAUUUGGGCGGCGCGCCGUCGUCCGACAUGUACUCGCCGAAGAUGAAAACUACGGCCAGCUUCGUCGGCUGCAUUCAGACGAUCGUGCUGAAUAAUCGUGAGGUGGGCAUCCUAGCCGAGGCGCUAGGUGGGGUGAACGUGGGCAAUUGUGGGCACGCGUGCGAGGCCAGACCCUGCGGCGAUGCGGAGUGCCGGCCUCUCCGCGAGCGAUUCACCUGUCGGUGCCGUCCGGGUGUACCGCACCCAUGUCCGGCGCCGGACGAUUAUACGCGGCUGGUGCCACCGCCUGCUAGGGUCAACAGCAACGCCGUGACGCAAUCCGUGAGAUACGAGAGGGCUGUGCCCAGCUUCACCGGCAGCGAGAGCUAUCUGCAUUACAACGACGCCGACACGAUGAAAAGGAUAAUCAGCUACCGAGUGGACAUCAACAUGAGAUUCCGCGCCAGCAGCAGCAGCGGCCUGCUUCUAUGGAGCGGCCGGCAAUCGGAUUCUCAGGAACAAAGGGACGAGAACGACGAUUUUCUCGCCCUCGGCCUGGAUCACGGUUACCUCACCCUCGCGUAUAAUUUGGGCUCCGGGGAGGCCGUGCUCCGAUAUAAUCUCACGCGAUUGGAUGACGAUCUGUGGCAUCGUAUCAGAGCUGUUAGAAACGAGCAAUGGGCAUCUCUCGUGGUAGAUAGUGGCACUGGAGUCUCGGCAUCUUCCCCGGGACAACUGAGACAAUUGAACACUGAUACUGGUCUUUACGUUGGCGGUGCACCGGACAUCGUGAGGACAACGGGUGGCAGAUACGCGAAGGGUAUCGUGGGUUGCAUCAGCGACCUCGUGUUGGACUCGGACUUCUCCGUCGCCCUGUCGUCGCCCGCGCAGGCGACCAACACGCACUCGUGCAUCCCAUGAAAGAGAGAUAUCCGUGCCGUCCGACGUCAGGUGGUGGUGUUGUCGGGGCCAUCCCGAAGUUAGGAUAUGAAAAUUUAAGGAUAACGAAUCGCAUCGCGGCGAAGUGAAACGCGAUAGAGUGCUCCGCGCGUAAGUGCAUCUGUGUCUCUCGCGCAUCCCGCGCGCGGUUCAUCAUUUUUGUACAGACUCAUCCUUCCACGGGUGGAACUUUCGAGAAGAUGAGGAUCGAGUGGAUCGACAACCGACCGGUCGUCGUGCGAGUGCCAUCGAGUGGUACAUAUAGGCGGCUUUACUGUAAAUAUUAAUAGGGCGAUCCGCGCGGAGAGAUGUCUAUCGCUUGCCUCGUGACAUCGAUCCUCGGUGCAGCGACUUUCUGUCGGUCCAUAUAUAGACCGGUCUUUCGUAGAAAAAGAUUUGAUCGAGGGCGUCGAAUAAACGAGACGACGAAGAAAAUCACUUGAUUUUCUCAUGACAGAAUUAUAAGGUAAUAGCUUCGCAAAAUUACGAAACAUUAAAUGAACGUUGAUUUACUAAUUAUCAUAAAGUCGUUAAAUGAUUACCGUGAUCGUUGAAAUUUAACUUCAUCGUUUCAUUUAUUCGAAAGUCAUAAUUACUUCACUUGAUCGUGCUUUUCGAUAAUUGGGACUAUCGAGAAAAAAAUCGUUCUUGGAAGCAAUUGUUUGUAUAAUUUAUAACAUUUUAUCGCGCGAUAUAGAAUGAUAAGUAGAAAUUAAAUAUAUAUAUAUAUAAUUGGGAAAUAUUAAAUGCAGUAGAAAUAACAUCCAUUUUUCACAAAAAUGAUUAUUAACGGUUUUAAGAGGAGAUACGUGUGCAUGAUAAAAUAUUAUUUUGAUAUAUAGUUAAAUAUUAAAUUAUCGCGUUUUUCCGUAAGUAAUUAUUAUUAAAUAAUUAUUUUUAAAUGAUGAAAAACAAAUUAAAAACAUUCUCUUUAUUUUAUAGUUGCUAGUAUUUUCAAACUUAAUUUUUUCUAAUUAAACCUUAAUUAUUGGAAAUGGGUGUCAUUAAGAUCCGAAUGAAGUAAAUUGCGAUAAAAUGAAAUAAACAAACUCGUUUGUUAUAUAUUUUAAUUUAUUAAUUUAGUAAGAUUAAAGUUACAUUAUGAUCGUACUGUUCCAUUCGCGAGAUUUACGAAAAAAACUUUUUAAUAUUAACUUUGCAGCAUUUCCCAUUUUUCUUUUUCUUAGAGUUACAGUCUGUGAAAAAUUAGCGUUUGCACUGUAGUAAUUAUAACCCUCGUGUUAUUUGCGUUUAUCUUUAAAUUUAAUCGAGAAAUUAAUUAAAAUGCAGCAGAUUAAAAAUUAAAAUUGGCAAUAAUUACAUUUGUUUUUUUUUAAUCGAGAAAAAUGAAACGUGCUGAAUAAAACAAACUUUCCAAUGACCAACGUUCGUAAUUAAACCUGUACUAUUAACAAUUUCAACUUUGCUUAUAUCUGUGUAUUAAAAAAACGUUUCUCUCGAAAAUCGUUUCGUAAAUUAAAUUCGCGCGUUACCUGUAUUAUUGUUUGUAAUUUGAAAUUUAUAGGAACAACAACGUUCAUUACAAUGAUACUGCAGUCAAUGAGGCGGCGAAAAUGCGCGUAUUAAUUUAACACUAUACAACAUAGAAUUUCAUCCAAGAACUAAUCCCGUGACACAAUACUUACUUAAAUUACGUAAAUGCGAUAUAACACAAGAGACUUGCAUAAUUUAUGCGAGAAUGCGCGCCCGCGGCAUUUCAAGAGAGUUGAAAGGAAGUCGUUGCACCAGGACAAUGCCCGGCCGGAUAUAAAAUUCGACGGAGCGCGUCUCGAAGACGGCGCUUUCGGCCUAAUAAGAUAAAAGUAUGUAGAAAAAAACACAACCCUUCCGCGUCAAUUUUGAUUACUCCCUCCGACCGGAUGUUACACACGAGGUGUCACAUUAUCUUCGAUCCUUACGAGUUCAAAGCGUUCAAGGAGAAAUCGAGAAAUUCGGAGCGUGUCUAAAUCGGCGCUGGAUAAAAUUUCAAUUAGAAAAGCAACCAAAAAAUUAUAGCAUUUCUCGAAAAAUCGAGAAGAGAAAAGCGUAUAUGAGAGAAAUGUCUCUCGAAAAAUAAGAGUUUUACAUUACGCAGAGUUAAUUAGCUUAGUAAUUAACUCUGUUCUAUAUUUGUUAUUCAUUACAAAUAAAAUAACGCGUGCGCUGUUUUAGUUUCUCUCUGAUAAGUGAUUACGUUUUAUAUUUCUCUCUCUUUUAUUUCUGAAUAUUUUUAAUCUAAUAACGCUCUUAUUUAAUUCAUUAACGAAAAGUUAUAUCACAUCUCAUAUUUUUUUUUUUUUUCAUAUUUGUUCAUCUUUGAAAUGAAAUAUGAUUAGUCAAUCAGAAUUUGGUAUAAUAUUAAAUUGGUUAAAAGAGUGAUAUAUAAUAUCAUUCUUGCAAAAAAUAGAGUACUAUACCCGAUCCGGCGCCGGUUCAGGCGGCUCCUACGAAUCACUGCGUACUGCAAUUUUUCUAAUGAUCUUAGGACUUAUCACGAUCCUUUUCUAGCAGCUAAGUAUCACAAGCGCAGCCACGAGCACGUGUUUUAGUUCCAUCGAUGAUAUCGAAAAAAGUUAAUAUUGUGAUCGAUACGAAUACUACUACUACUACUAUUAAAAGUAGAAGAGAGCUAUACCAUGGACCAAACACCAACACCUUUAUCAAUCGUCAACACAUUUAGCGAGAAUAAUGCAACUGCAAAGUGCAAAGUGCAAAGUGCAUAUCUUGAUGGCAAUGCGGGACUCGCAUCCUUCAUGAACGAUCUUAUCCCGGUGUUGGGCGAGCUUUACAAAUGAUUAAUGAAUCUUUAAACAUUUCGUCCGUAUAUAUAUAUAUAUAUAUAUAUAUAUACAUAUGAAUGCUAUAUUUCGAAGAUAUUUUCAGAUUAUGAUUACAGCAAUAAGUAUCUUUACGCCGAAUUUGCCGUCUUACGUUAAUUAAGUAAUUUUAUCUUGACUUGGGAUGUCACUCAAGAAGUAAGACAGUUAAUUAAAAUUAUUAAUGUAUUCGCAUAUAGAUGAAAAUACAUAUUUUGAUUAAGUUGAAUUUCGGAGAUAAUCACGCAACGAUAAAAUUGCGAAAUAAGUUGCUUAAUCAAUAUUAUGACAUGUGCACUAUGCGUACUUGUGUGUUUAUAUAUAUAAUAAGUCAUCAUUUUAGCAAAGUUAUUACUCGACAAAAUUUAAUAUCAAUUUUCUCCAUUUAGCGAUAAUUUAAUAUCAUACUCGAUAUUCUGUUCAAUUCAACGAAGGAAAGCGGGAAAAACGGAAGAUAACAAUGACAUUUUUACAUACAUAUACGUAUAAAAAAAAGAACAAAUAUCUUUAUUAUGCAGAUGCUCGUCGCAUAUUUUUUUAUCUUCAUAGAACGUUUCACUCAAUCUUAUGAGCACAAUUUAGCACUCUCUACCGGUCGGAAAAUCCCAGGUCAAUCACAUACACAUCCUAUCUCGCGUGAAAAGAGGCAGAAAGGGAGAGAAGGAAAAAAAGUGAGGCAUACGAAGAGAAAUGAGACGAGACGUAACUUAAGGCAUAGAGUAAUCUUCACUUUUGUCAUCGCACGAAAAUGAUCUUGAAAUGACCUACUCGAACACACAUCAUAAAAGCAAUCGGCUAUAGUCAAUUUUGUACGGAUGUUAUUUUCGGGACUAAAUAUAAUAAUAUAUCAAAGAUGAGUGGUAGUCGCGUAGAAAGUGUAAUAAUAUAUAUACAAUUUAAAUGAUUGUAUGUCGAGAAUUAGCAGGCGGGUAAUAUUAUCGCGUCCUCAUUAAUCUUCUCACGCUUGAACUUUCGCAAGAAAAAAAAAAAAA